UGAGUUUACGAGCUGACGUCACACAGCUGCAGUCCCGUAAACACUUCUUCUGCGCUGGAAUCCGCUUCACCCCUGUUUGUUCUUUCCAACGCGCAAAAGAUAAACAGUGUUAUUUAUUACUCAGAUGACGCAGAGAGAUUUGUUUGUGUCACAUCCGUCUGGCAGUUGUGAAAUUUGUAUGUUUUUGAAGCGGAGGCCCGAAUGAAAAUGUAACCUGACUUUCAUCCAGGUUUUCUUUUGAUCAUUGGGGAACAAAUCCGAGGUAAUAAAUGUUUUGAAAUGAAAAACACAGCACGUAGGUAUGAGAGGGGGGGGUAUGCUUUAUUUUCUUUAUCUCCGAGGUUUUUUGGAAAUAAAAUGUGUCAAAAUUUAACUGAAUGUACAACACACAACAUUCUUUAUAUGUAGGUAAUAUAUAUAUAUAUAUAAUACACUUUUAUUCAGAGGGCUUUGAUUCAUGUUUAAUUACUUGCUCGACAAGCGUAAGUACUGGAAACAUUAAGAGAAAUUGAAUAAAUACGUGUGUGUUUUAUGAGUUCCCGACCUUACGGGUCACACUUACUGUAAUGGACAGGAAGAAGCCCAAACAUAGUGUUUAAGGAGUAUGUAGAAAUGUCUGACUCACACACUCAGGAAGCCGGACCUCCUUCUACAAACUGCUUUAUAAAAGGGCACAAAACUCGCUCCAGUUUAGAAAUUUAUUGAAAAGACCUCGCUCCCCGCAGAGCGAUACAUUUCUUAUUUAUUUCAUAAGCUAUUCCUCGUUUCUUCUUACGCUAUUUUUUUUUUUUUUUCUUCUCGGCGUUCCCGAAUCCUUAUUUUUCUUCCAAAUGUUUUCGUUUCCACGUCACUUCUCCUGCCUGUCUUCUCUCCUCCUCAUGGUCCCACUUCCUUUCUGUUCAUCCUUUUAUCUCACUGACUCCAGCCCACUUCUACCCUUCAAUAAUCAAGUCAAAGAGGUGCACCUCUACACAGGUAUCCUUCAAAUCCUGCUCGUCAUUUCAGUCACUUCUAUAACACAAUCAAAGACUCCUGACCACUUUAUUUCUCGUUGCAGAGAAUCACAGAAGAGCGAUGUACCUGCAGAUCGCUCUGGACGGGAGCGUGUCGGGAAGCGACGCUCGGUCCACUUACAGUGUGCUGCAGCUGAAAUCUAUCCAGCCGGGCCACGUGGUCAUCAGAGGGAAGGCCUCCUCCAUGUUCCUCUGCGUGGACAGCGGGGGCCGUUUGAGAGGACAGGGGCCGUACUCAGAGGCCGACUGCAGCUUCAGGGAGCUGCUGCUGGGGGAUGGCUACACCCGGUUCCUGUCCUCGCAGCACGGGUCCCCGCUGUCUCUGGCGUCGAGGCCUUCCCCGGAUCCCAACUCGGUGCCCUUCACUCGAUUCCUACCCAUCCGGACCGCCCCCGAGGCUGAGAGCGUGAUCGAAGAGCCACCGAGCAAUCAGAGAUACGUCAACGUGGACUCCGAGGAUCUUCUUGGAAUGGGCCUGAACACUGUGGUCAGUCCUCAGUUCUCGGCGGAGAAGUAAAGAGAUUUUAUGUGACGGAUCUGUAACUUAACGUGUGAUGUAUUUUGUAUCGAUCAGGGAACUUUUUUUCUAUGUGGAAUUAUUACGUUUUUCUUCUCAACAAUCUUCUCAUGAACAUACAGAGAUAUGUAACUUAUUUAUUUAUUGUGUGUGUGUGUGUGUGGUCUAUUUCUAAUGGCUAUUUAAGGAUUUUAUACUUUGAGAGGACGUUUGUGAGUCGGCGAAGUUCUGAAUGAAAAUAAACACGAUAUGAACGUCCA